AUGAAGGUUGAAAUCGAUUCCUUUUCCGGUGCUAAGAUCUACCCAGGUAGAGGUACUUUAUUUGUCCGUGGUGACUCCAAGAUUUUCAGAUUCCAAAACUCCAAAUCUGCUUCUUUGUUCCACCAAAGAAAGAACCCAAGAAGAAUUGCUUGGACUGUUCUAUACAGAAGACACCACAAGAAGGGUAUCACUGAAGAAGUCGCCAAGAAGAGAUCUAGAAAGUCUGUUAAGGCUCAAAGACCUAUUGUUGGUGCUUCCUUAGACUUAAUCAAAGAAAGAAGAUCUUUGAAACCAGAAGUCAGAAAGGCCAAGAGAGAUGAAAAGAUGAAGGCUGACAAAGAAAAGAAGAAGGCUGACAAGGCCGCCAGAAAGGCUGAAAAAGCUAAAUUAGCUGCUACUUCAGGCCACAAGGUCUCUAAGCAACAAGCUAAGGGUGCUUUCCAAAAGGUCGCUGCUACUUCUCGUUAA